AAAGAUAGAGAUGGCUUUGUUAUGGGUGAAGGUGCUGGAAUAUUGGUAAUGGAGAGCUUGGAACAUGCAAUGAAACGAGGUGCACCUAUUAUUGCCGAGUACCUGGGAGGUGCUAUUAACUGUGAUGCGUAUCAUAUGACUGAUCCAAGAGUUGAUGGACUUGGUGUAUCUACAUGCAUAGAGAGAAGCCUUAAAGAUGCUGGUGUGUCACCUGAAGAGGUUAACUACAUCAAUGCUCAUGCAACUUCAACUCUAUUGGGUGACCUGGCUGAGGUUAAUGCUAUAAAGAAAGUGUUCAAGAACACUAAAAAGAUAAAAAUCAAUGCUACUAAGGUCACUCCCUCGGUGCUUCUGUGGGUUUGGAAGCUAUUGCUACAGUGAAGCCAUACAAACAGG